GGCGAGCAGAAGAGGUUCGAUUCUGGGGAUCUGCCUUCGUUGCGACGCAUCCUGUGCGAGCAGGGUUUGCUCUCCCGGCCUGAUGGAUCCGCCUCGUGGGUGCAGGGUGACACCUCAGUGACAGCUGGCGUGUAUGGGCCUUCGGAGGUCAAAGUGAGCAAAGAGAUCUAUGAUAAAGCGACCUUGGAAGUCCUGCUGAGGCCCAAAGUGGGCCUACCAGGUGUCUACGAAAGAAGCCGAGAGCAGAUGAUCAAGAAGACGUGCGAGGCCGUGAUCCUAGGCAAUUUGCAUCCACGUUCGUCAAUUACGGUGGUGCUGCAGGUCGUGACAGAUGCGGGCUCUCUGUUAGCCAGCUGCUUGAACGCCACCUGCGUGGCUCUAAUGGAUGCCGGGCUGCCCAUGAGCUGCUUGUUCUGUGGGGUCACAUGCGCCUUGGAUGUGGACGGAAAAAUCAUCCUGGAUCCCACCACAAAGCAGGAAAAGGAAGCUCAGGCUGUCCUGACCUUUGCCAUUGACAGCGCCGAGAAGAAGGUCUUAAUGUCGACCACAAAAGGGACGUGUUCAGUGGAACAGCUCCAGCAGUGUAUUGCCGCCUCGCAGCGAGCCGCCGACACCCUUUUCCAAUUCUACCGCGAUUCCGCUCGCAGGAAAUACUCCAAGUGGUGACCCCGAUCGGGAGCAGGAGAGACUGGCUGGCGAUAGGGGGACGGGAACACCCCCCUUUCCUCCUUCGGGCACCUCCUUCUCUCCAAAGGACAAGGAGUUGCAAUUGGACCGUUCUGAUUUCGGAAAGCAACACCUGUUGUGGGUCCGUAUUGCAUGAUGUCCAAGCAGCCGGGUGCUCUGCCAGCGACCCACCACACCUUGGGCACUGCCAGCUGCCUCUGAGUGCCAGGAGACGUACACUCUCUCCCUCCUCUUAAUGUAUGGAUCUUCCAUUUUUGUUAUCAUGGCUGUACAUAGUUUAUUUCUCUCUCUCUUUUUUUGAACUCCCAACAAAAAUCAUCUGCACAGAC